AUGGAGUACGUAAGGGAAUACGAUAGGCAGAGAGGCGAAGGAUUACGAUACGCGGAGCGAGGAGGGUUACCGUACUCAGAGCACGAGUAUCGACAACGUUUCGCCAACGCCUCGACGUCGCAAGCGCUCGUUUUAGCGGAAGAGACUUCGUUUCUACCGCGUUUUUCUAACGAUGGGGACUCAAGCGAGGGAUCCCGUCCCGUUGUAAGCCCGAAUACGAGGUUCGCCCGUCAUGUGGUUGAGACGCUAUCGCGUUCGGUUGAGGACGACGGGGGGGAAGGGGAUGCGGGCUGCCCAUUGGCGGAAGGGCAACGAUGGGUGAAUGACAGGGGGGCCGCGGGGGAAGAAUACGGCGGGAGGGUGUCGCAAAGAUCGGCGGAGGAACAGGGGGAGGGAGAGGAAGGAGCGUCUCGAGGUAACUGGGAUCGAGCUGCUUUGCAAGGGGAAAGGAGGGGGGAGAGCUCGCAUCGGCCGUGGGGCUCACAGGAGGUCCGCUUUCCGCCGCAAGGGCGUGACACGUCGCAAUUUCAGGGGCGAAGCGAGCGCGCCGACGUGGGUGGGAGCGGCAGCGGGGACGCAAGGCGGGGAAACCAGCGCGUGAUUGCGGAGGACGGCCCGCGCGAGCGGGGGGCCGUCGGGGGAGGCUACGCGAAAGCUGGCGGCGGCGCAAGGGGCGCGGAAACUGGUGGGGGGAACUUCCCCCCCGCGCUGAAGGCCGGCGCGGGACGGAGCAGGCGGAACUUGACGGCGGUUGACGGUGCAGUUCCAGUUUUCGCCGACGGUCAACCGCAACGAAACGGGACGUGGGUUAACGGACUCGAAAAAUCGCGCUCGCCGCCUGUUCUUCCGGAUGGGGUGUGUGACGGCAGCGGAGGUGCUUUUAACGGGGACGAGGGCAGCCCGUUGGGUUCAGUACAAGGAGUUAUGCCCGGAGGGAUGGACGGCGACGGACCCGCCGCGUUUGGCGCUGCUAUGGCUGGUGAAAGGAGACCCGCGCCGUCCUACGGAUGCCCUAGAGGUGUGUUGGGUGCUCGUUCGUCCGUCUUCGCGUCCCUCCCCUCCUCCUCCUCCGGUUUUGGUGCCCUUCCCUCUGAUCUGCCGUCGCCGUUUCCCUCCGGCUUGCCCCCCGCGCUGUCGCGUUUCCCUGAGAGGGGGAAACGCGCGGGGUUGGAGGGCGCGGGCGCGGACGAGCGGGGGAUUUCUCCGCGGAGUGGCGCAUUCACCGGACGCUCGAGCGGGAACGAGUGGGAAGAGGCUGUUUUGCGCGGGGGGGAGGAGGAGAGGGCGGAAGCACGGUUGCCGCGCGGGCGCGGGCGGGAGAAUUCGGCGGACGGGGAACGCGCGCUAUUCGCCCGGCCGAGAGACCGCGAGCCGGCGAUUGGGCGGGGGAAUAUCGGCCGAGAGGCGGCAGCGGCGGCAGGAGGCGGAGGAAGCAGCAGAGGGAAGUUUGUUUUCGGAAGGGCAGGAACGGCAGGAACGGAGAAGAUCAAGGUUCAGAUCGGUACUGCUUGGGGAGCAGCAGGCCGUGAUUUUGACGCGGAGGUUGAGGCAGAGGCAGAGGCAGGGGUGGGUGGCGAGCGGAUGGGAUGGGAGGAAGGGGGGAACAGCGGAGCGUGGGGUUCUGAGCGUGAGUACGAGCAUCAGCGGGUGCGGCAGCAGGCACAGCAGAAGCAGUUGCGCCGGCAGGAGCAGCAGCAGGAGCAGCGGGAGCAGGAGGGGAGAACGAUGGAGCAAACGGAAGCUGCGUUUGGCGAGGAGGAUCGCUGGGGUAAACGACAGGCUUGGUGUGGUAACCCGGUUACUGCAGGCCCGUCAGGCUCAGGCAUGGAGGCGUACGGCGAGGAGAUGGAGGCGAGAAACGACAGGUGGGGGAAACGACCAUCGCGCAAGUCUAUAGAUUCGGAGGAUUUGAGCGCCGGAGAGAGGGGGAGAGUGAGGGACGUGAGAGGACGCAGAGAAGCGGCAGCGGCAGCAGCGGCGGCGGCGGCGGCAGCGGCAGCGGCGGGGGCGGCGGGUAUGGAUAAUCUGGGUCGCAUGGGGGGUGGGGCCGCCUGUUUGGAGGAGGAUGUGCCGGGGGUGGGUCGACUUGGUCGUCUUGGCAUGGACUUUAUGCGUGCGGAGGCGGAGGCGAUGGGUGUUGCAGGUGGGGCGGUGGGCAUGGGUAGAAGCCCGAGGGAGUAUGGCGUGCAGGGGGGGAGAAAGAGGAGCAUGUCGCCUGGAGGGAGGAGUGAGAGGAGCGGGUGGAGCGGGCGCAGUGGAAAGAGUGGGAGGAGCGGGAGGAGCGGGAGGAGUGGGAGGAGCGGGAGGAGUGGGAGAGAGCAUUGGGCCCAGCCAAAGCAUGUUUCUGUCAAGAGGAGGAAAAAUGGCGAGAGCCAAAACAGCGGCGACCCUCAGCAGCAGCAGCAGCAGUCGCCACUCUACACGCCUGAAACGAUGCAAGCCUUUAUGGCUUUCCAGGCUUUCAUGACCCAACAGCAGCAGCAGCAGCAGGAAGGAGGGCAGCAGGGCUCGUUCGCGGUUCCUCCUGUCUUUCCUGAGUCGAUACACGCGUUUCUGGCCUUUCAAAGCUUCAUGGGCCAGCAACAGCAGCAGCAGCAGCAGCACUCGCAAGUGGGACAGGAGGACGGGCGGGGCGAAGAGGAGCAGGACGAGCGGGAUGAGCCGCGGCGACAGCAGAGGGGGCAGCACAGGGACGCGUUCGGCCGUCCACCUCUACCCACCCACCAGCGACGCCCCUCCAAGUCUCCUGAACUCGUCACUCGACGCACCACCUCUGCUUCCCAUUCUUCCGCCCCUCGCUCCCCCCAAUCCUCCGCCCCCCGCUCCCCGCUUUCCUCCGCCCCCCGCUCUCCCCACUCCUCUGCCCCGCGCUCACCCCUCCCCCACACGUCCCCCGCGCUCCGGACCACCUCACCCAUCCCCCGCAUGCCGUCCCCCUCUAUCUCCCCCGCCCCCUCCGCCGCCCCUAGCAGCGCUUCCCCCUCCCCCCGUCCCCUGGCGCUAUUUGAGCGCAUCACCCGCCGCCGCCAGUCUAGCCCCAGUGGCGCGCGCCCCCCGUCCGCCAAUAGCAGGCCCCCUAAGUUCCCCGCGCGCGCCACCCCUCCCGCUGCUUAUAGCGGAGAGGGCGAUGGUAGGGAUUAUAACGCAUAUGCCCAGGCAGGAGGGAGGGGAGGGGGUAGCCGAAUGGGGAGUGAGGGGGGUGGUAUGGUGGGGAUGAGGGAAAGUGGUUAUGAUGGAUGUGACUAUAAGGAGGGGAGCAGAGGGAGCGUGAGGGAGACGGGGUGGGGCGUGGGCGGGAAGGGAAAACGGCAGGGGAUGAGGAGGGAAGAAGCAGAGGCACCUCUCCAAACCAGCAAUACCUUCCCCUCCUUCGCAUCGCCCUGCCCUCAAGGCCUUUCCGAUGCCCCAGCCGUUUCUGCUGUCUCUGCUGCCAUUGCUGCCACUCCAAAUGCCCCUGCGCCUGGCACUCAGUUGCCAGGUCUUCCCACCAGUAUAAAUCCCACUAGCGCCCUCCCGAACCCCCUUCUUCCGAACCAGUUCCUGCCGAACCAGCUCCUCCCGAACCAGUUCCUCCCGAACCAGCUUCUAGCCCCGCCCACUCUCUCCAUCCCUCUCUUCCACCCUCUCUCAGGGCCGUCAAUGCAUCUCAGGGCAUUAGUAGGCCUACAGGCAGAGUCCCAACAGAGCAACUCCGUCUCUCUGCCUGUUGGAGGGGCUUCUUUAGGGGUCUCCCCGGCUGGAGGGGGGUUUUUCUGCGGUGCCCCUGGCACGGCGGCGGCUGGAGGGUGUUUAGCUGGUGCUGCCGCAGGGAUGGCGUCUGGGGCCCUGGGGCUUGCGGGAACUGGUGCUGGGGUUGCUGCAACUGCAGCGGGGAUGCUGGGGUGCGGUGCUAUGGGUGCUGCAGGGUCGAGUGCGGUGCUGAUGAGUGCACAGGUGUCCCCGCAGAUGGCUCUGCUGCAGAAGUACCAGCAGUACCAGCAGCAGCUGCUGCUGCAGCAACAGGGGAGGCAGGGGCAGGGGCAGGGUGCGAGGGGAAGUGGGCAGGAGGGGAAUGGGGGGUCUGGCAAGAGAAGUGGUCAGAGGGAGGAGUGCCGUUUGGAGGGUAGUGAGAGAGAAGAGAGGCGUGAUGUGGGUGGGAGAGGAAGGGAGGAGGCGAGGGGUGUGAGUGAGGGUGAGAGGAGAAGAGGGGAUGAUGUGGGUGGUGGUGGUGAUAAUGAUGAUGGGGGUAGCGAGGAGAAUGGAGAGGAGGAAAGGGAGGAGGACGAGGAGGAUGGAUGGACUAGGGACUUAUCCCGGAGCAGAGGCAGGAGUUGGGAGAGUGAGAGUGAGAGCGAGAGUGAGGGAGGGAGCUCAGUAAAUAGGUUAUCAAGUAGGCUAGAAGGGAGGAGGAAGAAAAGGAGGAGAAGGAGAAGGGAGGAGGAGGAAGAGGACGAGGAGGAUGAGGAUGAUGAAAACGAGGGGGAUAGCAGGGAGGUUUCGGAGAGGGAGGAGGAGAGACUAAGGAAAAAGGAGGCUGAGCUGAACGGGCAGUUGAACGGGCAGAUGAACGGGCAACUGAACGCUGCCCUGGCCCUCUCGGGAUUCAACGCCUCUUCAUUGAACGCUUCGUCCUUCAAUGCUUCUUCCUUCAAUGCCUCUUCCUUCAACAACUAUUCCUUUUCCGGUUCGCCUCUGCGCCCCUCCUCCCCUUUCCAUCCAUCCUCCCCCUUCCACCCGUCCUCCCCAUUUAACCCCCCUGGGAGCUCCCUGCUUGGCAAUCCCCCUAGUAGUUCCCUCAACGGCAAUCCUCCUACUAGUUCUAUGCUCGGUAACCCCCCCACCAGCUCUAUUAACGGUAACCCUCCCACCAGCUCUCAGCAUUUCAGUGCCUCUCACGGGGGAAACGCGGGCAGUGAUUUUGAUGCUUUUCGGGCAGCUUUUGAGGCAUCUCAGAAGAAUGCGGGCAGCGGGCCGGAACCUUUUCCGCCUCUCCACUCUCCCCAGGCUUUCCUGGCGUUUCAGUCUUUUCAGUCUCAAAGAAAUGCUUCAGACGGCGGCAAUACGGGCAGUGGCGUUCAGGGCCCGAAUGGUUUUCAGUCUAUGCAGGCGUGUCAGUCAUCCCAAAACAAUGCUUCUGACGGCAAUACAGGGAGUGGCGCCGAUGCUUUCAAGUCCUUCCAAGCUUUUCAAGCUUUCCAGGCGUCUCAGGGAUUCCAGUCGGCGCAAGGGAAAGGUUUAGAGGGGAAUGCGGGGAGUGUUGCCCCUCCUGCCGCUGCAGCUGCUUUGGGCGAGGGGCUGAGAGGGGUGAGGAUGGGUGGGGAACGGGGUGGUGCGGUAGGUGCUGGUGCUGGAGGGGAGAGGGAGGGGGGAAAGGAGGAGGAAGAGGAGGAGGAAGAGGAGGAGAGAGAGGGAGAGGAGGGAGAGGGAGAGAGGAGGAGAGGGGUGCAGGGAGGGAGGCAGGAAGGGGGGCAGGGAGGAGAGUGUGAGGAGGCAGCAGGUUGGCAGGGAGAGGAAGGUGAGGGGGCAGAGGGUUGGCAGGGGAUGCAGCUGGUCGUGCAUUCUGGGAGCAUGCCUUUAGGUUCUAGAGGAGUGGGGCGGGUCUACUCUGGCAAUGGGGGAGAGGGUGACGGGGGAGGGGAUGACGGGGGAGGGGAUGAUGAGGGAAGGGGUGAUGAGGGCGGGGGUGAUGAGGGAAGGGGUGAUGGGGAGGAGGAGGAGGAGGAGGAGGAGGAGGAGGAGGAGGAGGAGGAGGAGGAGGAGGAGGAGGAGGAGGAGGAGGAGGAGGAGGAGGAGGAGGAGGAGGAGGAGGAGGAGGAGGAGGAGGAGGAGGAGGAGGAGGAGGAGGAGGAGGAGGAGGAGGAGGAGGAUCCCACCGUCCCCAGCAGUAGCAGCAGCAGGCAGCGCCUACUCCAGGACUACCUGCCUCGGCGGUGGCAGUUAGUGUCCCGGCUUGGAGGGCGGCUGAGGCUGGUGGUUGACCGGGGGACGGGGCAGCAGCUGGUGGUGCAGCGAGUGCAUGUGGGGGAGAGGGGCGGGGGCGCAGGGGAGGGAGGGGCGCAAGGGGAGAGGGGCGUGGGGGGCCAGUCAGGGCAGUCGGAGAGAGAGCGGCGGAUGCACCAGCGGGUCGCAUUACUGCUGAAGCUCAAGCAUGAGAACAUUGUGCCAUGCGUUGGCGCCAUUCGUACCACCGCCCCCUCCCCCGCCACUGGCAGCACCAACGCAAGCGCCAGCCACCACAACAACAGCAGCAGCAUCGGCGGCAGCGGCGGUGGCGGCGCCAACGGUGCCGGCACCAGCAGCGGGGGCGGCAUUCACCUGCUGUUUGCGGCGUUUGACUAUGUGCCCGUGCCGUCGCUCUCCCACCAGCUCACAGAGUGCGGCCCCAUGCCGGAAGAGACCCUCGCCUUCUGCCUUUGCCAGGUGGUGGAGGCACUAACAGCGUUCCACUCCCUGGGCAUCCCCCACGGCCGUGUGCGCACCAGCAGCGUUUUCGUUCCCGAUGAUGGCGUCGUGAAGCUCGCUGGGACCUCGUUCCUGGAUGGAGAAAGGGAGGGAGGGGAUGGAGGGGAGGAUAGAGAUGGGGGAAAGGAGGAGGGAGAGGAGGGAGGGGAGGGGAGGGGAGGAAGCAAGGUGCCCUGGUGUUCCCCUGAAGAGAUCAGAAAGGUGAGGGUAUUAAUGUUCUGCUGUGCACUGGCUGUGCCGCUAUUGCCCAUCUUGUUACCCGUGCACUGCCUGUUCUUCCUCCCACCAUUCGUUACCCGUGUUUCCCUCUACUCGAAACGCUGUGUCUCUUCCUGCCGCCUUUCAACCUCUCUCUUCGCCUUCCACUUGUGCCCUCCCCCUUCUCUUGGGUCUCCCACCUUCCCCUCGUUCCGACAUCUCAUUUCUCAUUCUUCGUCCGACGUCUGUUCCCCCAAUACGCUAUCUACCAAGCAGGAGACAGUGGGUGCAGCAGCAGACAUGUGGGCGGUGGGCUGCCUGGCAGUGCACAUGGCAACGGGAGCGCUACCAUGGGCCCAAGUGGCGGACGAGGAGCAAGUGCGGCUCUUCAUCGCACACAGCAGGGCUCUGCCCGACCUGCCGCCCGAUUCCUCGCCACAGCUCAUUGAUUUUGUCGCGACCUGUUUGGACCGGGAUCCGUCCCGCCGCCCGACAGCCGCCCGGCUCGUUGACCAUCCUUUUCUAGCGGCAUGCUAG